AUGGCCUCUCCCACCAGCGCUGUCAAAACCGCUGCCCUGCCGCUCGACACCACGAUACCGCCAACUCCCUCCUCGUCCACGCCAACCUCCGCAAACCCUACCGAGCCGCGAGUCCUCCACAAUGAUCCCGCCCGCACGGGUUUCGACCCCCAGACGAAGUGGUGGGUCAACUACUUCAACAUCCUCACCGGCAACAUGACCCGUGAGGGCCAGUUCCACUACCGCGAGCACCGCUACCGCGUCAACGAGGAGCGCGACAUCCGCCGCGUUGAGGCUGACCGCGACUGGCUCUUCGCCUAUUCCCCGACCAUUCGUUUCAUGCGCGAGAAGAUCGAGUCCCUCAACGGCACCCUCGACGAGACAAAUGUCGUCUGCCGCCGCUGCCCGGCCCGCCUGACCGAAGACGGCGAGGUCCAUCGCCAGAGCGGCGGCUUCAGCCCGGCGCACGGCAUCCUGAUCUGCGCCAACGAGAUGCGCGAUCGGAAACAUCUGGAAGACACGCUGGCGCACGAGAUGGUGCACGCCUGGGACCACCUGAGGUGGCAGGUCGACUGGCUGGGUGACAUGGAGCUGAAGCAUGCUGCUUGCACAGAGAUUCGAGCGUCAAUGCUUAGCGGCGAGUGUAGGUGGACCAGGGAAACAUUUACCAGAGGAAACUGGAAGUUGUCACAGGGCUUUCAGGAUUGCGUGCGGUCGAGGGCUAUCCAGUCUGUCAUGAACAGGCCGCGAUGCAAGGACGAUGUCCAGGCGACGAAGGUCGUCAACCAGGUUUGGGACUCGUGCUUCGCCGACACCAGGCCGUUCGACGAGAUUUACAGGUGA